ACCGAGUGGGACCUGGUCUGCAGCUACCGGCAGCUGCGGCAGAUGGCCCAGUCCAUCUACAUGGCCGGGGCCCUGGUGGGCGCCCUGGCCCUGGCCAGCCUCUCAGACAGGUUCGGGCGCAAGGCCAUGCUGAUGUGGUCCUACCUGCAGCUGGGGGUGACGGGCACGUGCGCGGCCUUCGCCCCCAACUACGCGGCCUACUGCGUCUUCCGCUUUGCCAGUGGCAUGGCCCUCUCCGGCUUUGGCCUCAGCAUCGCCUGCCUGGUGGUGGAGUGGAUCCCCACGCCCUACCGUGCCAUCACCGUGGCCAUCGUCGGCUUCGCCUACACCCUGGGCCAGAUCCUGCUGGCCGGUGUUGCCUACGCCGUCCCCCACUGGCGCUGGCUGCAGCUCUCCGUCUCCCUGCCCUUCUUCUUCUUCCUCCUCUACUCCUGGUGGCUGGCUGAGUCCGCCCGCUGGCUGGUGCUGUCAGGGAAGGCCGAGAAGGCCGUGAAGGUCCUGCAGAGGGUGGCCAGGAUAAACAAGAGGAAGGAGGAAGGCGAGAAGAUCACGGCAGAGAUCCUCAAGUCCAACAUGCAGAACGAGUUGGCCACCAUGAAGUCAUCCUACACCAUCUCCGACCUGGUCCGGACCCCGGCCAUCCGGCGCAUCUUCUUCUGCCUCUCCAUCGUCUGGUUCUCCAUCAGCUUCUCCUACUACGGGCUGGCCAUGGACCUGCAAAACUUUGGGGUCAGCAUUUACCUCAUCCAGGUGAUUUUCGGCGCCGUCGACUUCCCGGCCAAAGUGCUGGUGACCGUCUCACUGAGCUACAUCGGCCGGCGGCUGACGCUCGUGGUGUCCCUCCUCUCGGCAGGGCUGGUCAUCAUUGCCAACAUCUUCGUCUCCACAGCCUUUGGGUGGUCCCCGAGCCCCAUCCCAACCUCUUCCAGCCUCCCGGGGCCGGCCCAUUCCCGGCGCUGCCCCUUCCCCGACUUCUCCCCGGGGGCCACUGUGGCCCUUGUCCCCGUGGCCACCGUGGCCCUUGGCCACCAACCAUCACCCCGCGCCGGCCUCGUCAAAAAUUAA